AUUUUCUGCAGGAAUAUUUAAACCUGUCCGACACACUCAUGCGCGUCGUUUUAGUCCUGCUGUCAUAACAACAUACAAAACGCUUUUUGUGUUUCGUAAGACCGAGACAAUAGGAAGCGUCUAGAUCUUUUGGUGGGUGUUGUUAACCAGCCCUUUUUUUUGUAUUCAUCCACCAAUCAGCAGGACCGAGAGCAGGUUGAGUUGUUGUUGGUACAAGUUCUGCACGAGGGCGCACGCUAAAAGGACUUUUUUUUCUUCAUGGCAAGGCGUAACCGAUACCAUUAAUCAAGCUUUAUAUGGUUUAAUACUAGACUUGAGGUGGUUAUUUGUUGAUUUAAGUAAACUGAACACAUCAUGGUCACCCUGACAGCCAUCGUAGCGCCUCUCGGACGUCAAAUCCACAGGCAUCUGGUCAAACAUGUUAGAAGCCAGCGCUGGAUUCCUGCUCGGGCGUGUAACUUGACUGCAUGUUCGAGCAAACUAUCAAUCCUCAGUCAAGUGCAUCCAAUGUGGCAGGAGCCACUUGCCAUCCCUGGUGGAGAUCGACAGUCACCUAUUGACAUUGAAGUGCGUAAAAGCAUCUUUAAUCCGCAGCUCAGACCUCUGAAGGUGCAAUAUGACCCAAGGACCUGCCAACAAAUCUGGAACAACGGUUACUCGUUUCUGGUGGAGUACGACGACACUACUGACAAAUCUACUGUGAAGGGAGGACCACUGGAGGAUCAGUACAGACUCUGCCAGUUUCAUUUCCACUGGGGAGAAAACAACAACUGGGGAUCUGAGCACUCUAUAGACCGCCGGCUUUACGCUGCUGAGCUCCAUAUUGUUCACUGGAACUCCAACAAGUAUAGUUUGUUUGAGGAGGCUGUCAUGGAGGAAAACGGACUGGCUGUUAUUGGAGUAUUUUUAAAGGUUGGAAAGAGACAUGAGGGUUUGCAGAAACUAGUGGACGCCUUGCCUGCAGUCAGACACAAGGAUAGUGUGGUGGAGUUCAACAAGUUUGACCCAUCGUGCCUCCUCCCGGAGAACAUCAAUGACUAUUGGACAUACCCUGGUUCUCUAACCACGCCUCCUCUUACUGAGGCUGUGACAUGGAUUGUGAUGAAGCAGCACAUUGAAGUCAGUCAUGAUCAGUUGGCUGUGUUUCGGAGUUUGCUGUUCACAUCGGCAGAGGAGCAAGUGCAGAGAAGUAUGGUCAACAACUUCCGCGUUCAGCAAGACUUAAAGGGACGGGCUGUCCAAUCUUCUUUUUCACCUUUUCUCAAAGAAACCCCCUCUAAGGAGUAACCGCAAAUCUCAGUGACCUCCAAACAAAACACAGACUAAUCAGUCACUAUUAACUACAGGAUGCGUAUCCACAAGGUGAAGGUCUUAACUGGAUUUUUAAACCAUUUCCAACCAGGUAUUUGGGCGUAAAUUGGAGAUAUUCUGUUGAAAGGGAUAUAGUUCAACUAUUGUUUGUUCCUCUUUGUCAAAAGGUUUAUGCAGUCAUCAUUUCACUGUAUUAUUACAACUCUCGAAAAUAUAAUAAUACUAGAAUUUAAGAUAUUCUAAUUUUAGAAAUGCGCAUGUCCUCAAUAUUGUAGCAGGACAGAUGGCGCCCUCUUGUGGAUCACUGACAGAAUACACAUCAUUAUGCCUCAUGUUGGAGCCUUUCAAAGUUUUUAUUGUGUGUAUUCUGUCCUUUUUUUUGUUUGUAUUCUGUGGUACAUCUGCCUUGUUUGUUUCGAGGGCGUUUCUUUUAUGCACAAAGCUGCACAAUGCCUUUAACUUUGGAUGAUUUCUUUUUAGAUUUUCAAUAAACCUAACGCACACAUCAAGAAAAAAAAUCAGAAAUAUUUUAAGGCUACAUUUGAAUAUCGCAGUAUAAUAUAGUUUUUAUGAAAAGUGCACUAGACAUGUAGUGAUGUUAAAAGAAGAGAAGAUUAAUGCGCACAGUUGUUUAGUGAAGAGUGAUAUUUUUAUGUACUUCAUCCAUGUACAUACAUUAAUGUAUUAUCAUCCAUAGUGCCUUUUGCAUUAGAUAUGACUGAUUAUUAGUCAGUAAUCUGAUCAACUGCAUCAACAAUAUGGUCGGACAUAUUUGCCUAUUCUGCAAAACGUGUGCCUCCAUUACAAAUCACUUAUUGUAUUUGCUGUUCUCAUGUAACCAUUUGUUUUUCAUGUCAGCAGUCGUAUUUGUUAAUCUGUGGAUCUUUAAAGUGUAUUUGUGGUUUGAUAGUAGUCGCUAGAAUGUUGUUAAAAAAAAAAAAAAAAAAAAAAAA